AUGGAGCAUCGAUUUCCAUCGAUUUCACCUUUCCUUGAAUUAAUCGAGCAGGAAAGACGAAGCCCCAACAAGAUCAUACUUCGAGAUCAUACCUCAGGAGUGACAGUAACAGCUGGGCAGCUAUUGUAUAGUGUUUCUCUGCUGCGUAAUAAAUUGGAUAAAGCACUACUACAUAAUGGCUACUAUGAAUCCGAACAUAACGGGGAGAAGUUCAUCUUCCUGAUUGCUCCCCCAGGCGUGCAAUAUCUGGUAUCAAUGCUCACUAUUUUCUCUCUUGCAGCCGGAAUGUCGGCACAGUGUAAGUCUUUACUCUUGAUGGAUAACUCACGAUGCUUAUUCCGAGUUAGCGAUUGUUGUAAGGCCAGAGGAGGUGAAAGCGCACUUCAAGGUCGCUAGACCUAUCGGACUACUCUACGCGCCAGCCUUUGCUCAGAAGGCUGAGGCCAUCAAGAAAUUAUGUGCUGAAAGUGACAGCGGAAUUGAUCCAAACCUGCCAUAUGUGGAAAUCGAGACUUCUUUCCCCGGAAGUUUUGAAUCCCACACUUACGUCCUAGAAGAACCAUUCGAGACGGAUCUUCUUCGCCUAGGUACUUUGUUCUUUACUUCAGGAACCUCUGGAGCUCAAAAAGGCGUUGUUCACUCCUACGAGGCUCUCUUAGCAUCUGCGCGGGAGCGAAUAGAAACCUGGAAAUUGACAGAGAACGACGUGCUCCUCAACCAAAAGCCAGGGAAUUGGAUGGGCGGGAUUUUUGGAAUUAUUCCGAGCUUGAUGGCUGGCUCUUGCUUGUAAGUUGCACUCAAAUCUUCUUUAUUGGAGCGUUGACUUGCACUUCAAGGAGUGAAUCUUUGAUCUUUCUGAAUUUUGCUAAGUCUACUUACUUGGCCAACAGAGAGACCUGUAUAGAUGUCUUUAACCCCAAAUGGUUCUGGGAACGCAUCAGCAAGGGGGACGUAAGUAUCUUUGAUAUCGCACCCACAGGUUAUGACAGGCUUGCCCAGUACUUUGAUGAGCACAUUGCUGUACUCCCUCACGCCCAAAAGGAGAAGUACAUCCGUGGAAUGAUUGCGACACGAUGCGCAGGUGUUACAGGAUCAUUAAUCCAACCACGUAUCCAAGAGAGAUGGACCAAGCUUCGUCGUGGAAAACCACUGUUGAACUUUCUUGGUUCGACAGAGGUAACACUGAUAUGCAAUAUGAAAUGGGAGAAUCCCGAUUAUCCAGAUAUGGUAGAUCUUCUAUAUCUUCAAAAGCUGUAUGGGAAAGCUGAUUUGAUACCAGUGCUCAGUUGGCCCGGCGGUGCCAGGAGUCGAAGUCAAACUCGUGGAAGGAGAGAUGCGGCUCAAGGCCCCAACAAUGUUUUCGCAGUAAGAACCAUGACUCACGUACUCUGGUUCAUUGCUCAAACAAUACCACUAACACUGAAACCAAGCUAUAUUUCUGAUGAUCCCGCUCAAACCAGGAAAGCUUUCGAUGAGGAAGGGUUCUUCAAGACCGGUGAUUGUGCUGAAAAGGUUGGAGACUGCUAUGUAAUCCACGGUCGAGCGAACAUUGAUGGUUUUGAAACCCACUCCCAAGAUUCAAUAAAAUAGCUUCUAACUUUACUCAUAGUACUGCACUUCUGGGGCUUCACAGUACAUACUGGCGAAGUUGAAAACGCCCUUUCCAGCCUCCCAUACAUCGCCAAUGCCGUUGCUUUCCCCAUUGAAGAUGAAAAAUGCCAGGAGCGCACGGCCGCUGUUCUCGAAAUCAAGCCUGGUUUCCAAGCAAGGCAACCAGACCUGCAAAGAAUCCGUGCUGACUUGAAAGAAAAGACGGGCUUGUUUCUUUUCAAGUAUCCUACGGUGAUUUAUUGGCUUCGUGAGGGAGAAGAUAUCCCAGAAACAUCAAAUGGGAAAAUUUCUAAAAAGGAAGCCCGGAAGAAGUUUUUUGGUGAUAGAUGGCAGCAUAAUGAGAACCUGGAGAUCCUAGAUCUAAAGGGCAUGGAGUACUGGCGCAUGGGUGGCCUUAGUUAA